AUGUCUUCUGUGGAGCUUCUUUCAGCUUUGGCGCCGUCCAACCUAAUCAGGAACUUGACGAUAAGUCGGGCAUUCCUUGGCCUCAUCGCUUUCUUCGCCCUUCGCUUCGUCGUAAAAGCCGUUUACAGAUUAUACUUCCAUCCACUCCGGAACUUCCCGGGACCAAAGCUCUAUGCCAUCACACAGAUUCCUAUGGUCUCGCAUGUAUACCGAGGAACGUACACUGAUAUGAUAUGUGGGCUCCAUCAGAAGUACGGAAAGGUGGUGCGCGUGUCUCCACACGAGUUGAGCUUCAAUGACCCGCGGGGGUGGAAAGACAUCCAUGGCCACCAGAAGCCAGGCAAGGCCAACAUCAUCAAGCACCCGGACUGGUUCGUGCCCGCGAUCAACGACGUCCACACUAUCAUCUCCGCCAACGACGAGGACCACUCGCGCAUGCGCCGCAUCUUCUCGAACGCCUUCUCCGACAAGUCGCUGAAGCUCCAAGAAGGCCUCUUCGCCAAGUACGCCGACUUGCUCAUCCACAAAAUGAAAGAGGUUUCCAAGGACCCAAAGCACCAGAUCGACAUGGUCCGCAUGUACAACUACACCACAUUCGACAUCAUGUCUGACCUGACGUUCGGCGAGCCGCUGUACCUUCUUGACAACGACGACUACAUUCCCUGGGUCAAGAACAUCUUCGAGUCCAUCCGCACUGGAUCCAAGAUCGGGAUCGUCCGCUACUGGCCCAGCGUCAUGAAGUUCGUCAAGGCCAUUGCCGGAAACGCCGCGCAGAAGAAGCGUGUCAUCCACUUCGACUACUCUUCCAAGCGUGUCGACCGCCGCGUCGAGCGCGGCUCCAACGAACCCGACAUCUGGAACCUGGUCAUGAACGCGAAGGAAGGCCGGGGCUUGACCAAGGGCGAGAUGUAUGCUAACACGACUGUCUUCAUGAUUGCAGGAACUGAGACUACCGCCACUCUUCUCUCCGGUGUCACUUGGUAUCUUCUCAAGCACCAGGACAGCCUCAAGAAGCUAGUGGACGAAAUCCGAGGCGCCUUCAAGUCCGACGACGACAUUACCAUCGAAGGCCUUCAACGCCUGAAAUAUCUCCGCGCUUGUCUCGAGGAGGGUCUUCGCAUGUAUCCUCCCGUCCCGAUCGGUCUCCCAUGCCUCGUUCCCGCUCAAGGCUCCGAAGUGUGCGGCGAAUGGAUCCCCGGAGGCACCACCGUUUCCUGCCAACAACUCGCGAUGUACCAAGACCCAAAGAACUUCGUUGAGCCACUGUCCUUCAUCCCAGAGCGCUGGACCGGCGAAGACGAUCGCUUCGACGGCGACAACAAGCACGCGCUGCAGCCUUUCUCUUAUGGGCCGCGCAACUGUCUCGGCAAGAACCUCGCCUACCACGAAAUGCGCAUAAUCCUCGCUAAGAUCCUCUUCCACUUCGACCUCACCCUCGAGCCGGAGAGCGACAGCUGGCGCAACCAGGAGGUCUACACCCUAUGGCAGAAGCCUGCGCUCAAGGUUAAGUGCACGCCUGUUCGCGCUUGAUCGCUUCCUUCCUCUCCCUUUAUCAUCUUCCAUUCUCACUCUCGUUGUCGUCAUGAUUUGAAGCCUUUCCAGACGAUCAACCUACCAUCGAAACCCUUGUAUAUAACCAGAUGGUAGGGAUAUCGUCCACACCUACAUUCGCAUAUGCAUCUCCAUCCUUGGCAUCUCCUUCCUUGAAAAUAUAUAAGACAACAACCUUUCUGCAUUUUCCCUCCAUUCAUCACAUAGAGCCCCCAC